CGCCGUGAGCAGGGGAUGGGAGGGGUACGUGGCCUUACAAACGUUGAUGACAGCUAAUGUGAAUCCUCAUCGCAGGAGAGACGCCCCGCCGGAAAAAGAUGUACACGAUGUGAUCGCAUAUACAUAUAGAGAGAGAGAAGCUCUGGACGGCACCGAAUCUCAUUGACUUCCCCUUCUUCUUUCCUAUAUAUAUACCCUCCCUUCUCGCUCAAAGUCGACGAUGGGAAGAACACCGUGCUGCGAGAAGAAUGGCCUGAAGAAGGGGCCAUGGACGCCGGAGGAAGAUCAGAAGCUGACCGAUUAUAUUCAGAAGAAUGGCUAUGGGAACUGGAGAACCCUUCCCAAGAAUGCCGGGCUGCAGAGGUGUGGAAAGAGUUGUCGUCUUCGCUGGACCAAUUAUCUGAGGCCUGACAUCAAAAGAGGCAGAUUCUCCUUCGAAGAGGAGGAGACAAUAAUCCAACUGCACAGUGUUCUGGGAAACAAGUGGUCGACCAUUGCAGCUCGGUUGCCGGGAAGAACUGACAACGAGAUCAAAAACUACUGGAACACACACAUUAGAAAGAGGCUUCUCCGAAUGGGAAUCGACCCAGUGACUCACAGCCCUCGCCUUGAUCUCCUCGAUCUUUCUUCAAUUCUAAGCUCAUCAUCUCUCUACAACCCUUCUCAAGUGGAUAAUCUUUCAAGAUUACUCGGCGUCCAGGCUGUUGUAAACCCAGAACUUCUCCGGCUGGCCGCUUCUCUUUACCCGUCUCAGAGAGAAAAUCCCAAUUUUUUCUCGGAAAAUGUUCAAGGAAACCAGCUCUGCAAUCCUCAGUUCCAGAACCAGUUGCCGCCAUUGGUUCAGCCUAACCAGCUUCAAGCCCUGGAAAUUCCAUUUUCCAGCGAAACCCAUGUCAUGGAUCCAAAUGUGGAGCAAUUCUCAUCAAAUUUCACUAACUUUACUCAAAAUUGUCAAAUAAACGAGUGGCAACCCGGAGAUUAUGCAGCUCUACAAAACUAUGGCUUCUACGGGUCCGAACAAAGCAUCAUGGAUCCUAAUUCUCUAUCUGAAAACUCGACCUUCCAAUCCAAUAACAGCAACAACUUCAGUCAGGCGUCAUUGAAUUCGAACUCGACCGGCAUCAACGGCAGCAACGUUUCGAAUGAAGAUGAGAGGGAAAGCUACUGCAGUAACAUGUUGAAGCUUGAAAUCAUGGAAAUGUUAGAUGUCAAUCAAUUCAUGUAACUUGAAAACCCAACUGAUCAUCAAAAAAUUUUCUUUUCCUCA